GUGAGCCGCCACCUAACGGGAUGUGUACGCAUUACACCCAGGUGGUGUGGGCUAGUACUACUGAUGUGGGCUGCAGUUACUACCAUUGUCCCAACGGGCAUGCAGUCGUGGUGUGCAACUACGGGCCCCAGGGAAACCUUGCUAACACCAGGCCCUAUCUGGAGGGCCCUCCCUGCUCACAGUGCCCAAAUAAAGAGGGGUGGUGCGACGAGGGACUGUGUGUUGAUUGUCCUGCACAAAACUGCGAUUGUGCACUAGAUUGCAAGAACUGCGGAGAGAUUAACAGGACCACCUGCACGUGCACCUGUAAAGACGGCUGGGAUAGUCCCGACUGUUCAGUGCCAUGUGAAAACGGCCAUGCCUACUGUGGCGCGAACCCCGGAUGGCCGGUUCCAGCAUACUGCACCAUGGAUGGAUUCGCUGUUGUAAACGAUUACUGCAGGGAAAUGUGUGAUCAUUGUGACUUUGCCACCCCCGGUGACCCGAAUGCAUGCUGUGAGGGACAGAUGUGUUACAACGGCGGUUACCUGGACGAGAUGACCUGCCAAUGUGUCUGUCCUGAGGGUUUUGGAGGAAUAGACUGUAAUGGAGGAACAGGAACAGGAACAGCCGAACCGACCACUAAACCAACGGUACCGACCCCGUCAACACCCGGUCCAUCAUUGGAGUGCUUCGUGUGCAGCAGUGGGAAUGUUACCGAGACGGACCCCUGUCAUCUCGAGCAAGAACCGCACGCAGACACGGAACUAUGCGAACCUGGCGAGAGCUGUAUUGUGAGGCAGACCGUAGAUUCGGAUGGGCAUGUGCUGGCCGUGAACAGGUCUUGUGACAUCAUGAGUGACUGUGGCAUAGAAGAUGCGCCAUUCACUUUCGAAGCAUUCAACUUGAUUGAAUGGCGCUACUGCUGCAACGAACACCAGUGUAACGGGGAGCUGUUGCGGAUGGCGGGAUCAGGAAGCACACCGAUGGCUCCCCCCACACUGGCCCUUCUCUUCUGUCUGGUACUGGUGGCGUUCCCCAUUGUCUGGGAAUAGCAAAAGUCUUUUACAUCGUCAAAACGUAUAGGGCAUACUUGCUCCAGCAUGACAACACACAGCCCGCUAUUGAGGCAUAAAUCAAAAUUAUUACAGCAUUUGUUGACGCUUCACAAAGGCCAAAAUUGACAGAGGGAUCAACACAAUUAUUGCUUUUACUACCAUCCUUUUGUGUCUAUUUCACUAAUAAAAUUAUAAUGGUCGUGUAAAUAAGAUUAAAGUGAUAUAUUUGUAUGCGAGCCUUUAAGCGGCUAAGUCGUGGCUAAUGUUUGGUCUGUUAGUUUUAUUAGUAUUAUGUGAUCGACGGAUCGUGUUUCUUAUACGUCUUCCCCACAGUUGAAGAAAAGUAUGAAAUCGAAUGCGUUUCACUAUCUUAAUACAUUGUAUUAGUAAGAGUUUUCAUGUCGAGUCCGUUUGGCGUGUAUUUGACCGGAGACAUUGCCAUGUCAUCUACACACUAUAGUGUAGAAGGUUUACUCCUUCCUAUGACAAGCACGCUUGUGUAGGGUUGUGUCUUACCAUGAUGGUGAAGACCUGAAGGAAAAUGUUUCUCUCACAUUUCGACAUAACCCCGAAACUUCGGCAUUUAAAGAGGGCUCAAAGCUAACCGUACGGCUGAUGCAUUUUGACAGUUUGUGUGUCCUGGCUACUUGCGGGUGUUUGCCAUUCUUAAGCUUGUGGCAUGAUGGGGCAUUUGUUGUACUUAACAUGAUUUGGAUUAAGAAGGUGUUUUGUUUUUUCAAUAAAUGCAACUGUAUGA